UCCAUCUUUUAAAGCCUUGGAACUGGCCCUGAGGCGACGACAGCGGCCCUGGGCGGUCUUCGAACUGAGCUUUGCUUGGAUCGCCUCCCCGGAGAGGCCAGAGGGCGCCAUGGGCCGCUACCGCGUCCGAGUGGUCACUGGGGCCUGGCUCUUCUCGGGAUCCCUCAACCGAGUGGGGCUGUGGCUGGUUGGGGCGCAUCGGGAGGCGAAACUGGAGCUGCAGCUGAGGCCGGCGCGGGGCAAGGAGGAGGAGUUUGCCUUCGAUGUUGCCGAGGACUUGGGACCACUGCAGUUUGUGAAACUGCACAAACAGCACACAGUGGUGGACGACGCCUGGUUCUGCAACCUCAUCGUGGUUCAGGGGCCCGGAACAAGCGCGGAGGCAGUGUUCCCCUGCUACCGCUGGGUGCAGGGAGAGGGAGUACUAAGCCUGCCCGAGGGUACAGCCCGCCUGGCAGGAGACAAUGCCUUGGAUGUCUUCCAGAAGCAUCGAGAGAAGGAACUGAAGGAAAGACAGCAGACCUACUGCUGGGCCACCUGGAAGGAAGGCUUACCUCAGACAAUAGCGGCAGACUGUAAGGAUGACCUGCCUCUCAAUAUGAGAUUCCACGAGGAGAAGAGGCUGGACUUUGAAUGGACGCUGAAGGCGGGGGUUCUGGAAAUGGGUCUCAAACGUGUUUACACCCUCCUGAGAAGCUGGAACCGUCUGGAGGACUUUGAUCAGAUCUUCUGGGGCCAGAAGAGUGCCUUGGCUGAGAAGGUUCACCGGUGCUGGCAGGAUGAUGAGCUUUUUGGCUACCAGUUCCUCAAUGGUGCCAACCCCAUGCUGUUGAGACGCUCCACCUCUCUGCCCUCCAGGCUGGUACUGCCCUCUGGGACAGAGGAGCUCCAAGCCCAGUUGGAAAAAGAACUCCAGAAUGGUUCCCUGUUUGAAGUUGACUUUAUUCUGCUGGAUGGGAUUCCAGCCAACGUGAUCCGAGGCGAGCAGCAGUACCUGGCUGCCCCUCUUGUCAUGCUGAGGAUGGACCCCAGCGGGAAGCUGCUACCCAUGGCUAUCCAGAUUCAGCCUCCCAGUUCCAGCUCCCCAGCUCCAACAUUGUUCCUGCCCUCAGAUCCUCCUCUUGCCUGGCUCUUGGCUAAGAUCUGGGUCCGAAGUUCAGAUUUCCAACUGCAGGAGCUCCAGUUCCAUUUGCUGAACACUCAUCUGGUGGCUGAGGUCAUCGCUGUUGCCACCAUGAGGUGCCUCCCAGGACUGCACCCUAUCUUCAAGCUCCUAGUUCCCCACAUCCGUUACACUAUGGAAAUCAACACACGAAGCCGGACCCAGCUCAUCUCAGAUGGGGGAAUAUUUGAUCAGGUAGUGAGCACAGGUGGAGGGGGCCAUGUUCAGCUGCUCACUCGGGCAAUGGCUCAGCUGACUUACUGCUCCCUCUGUCCUCCUGACGACCUGGCUGACCGAGGCCUGCUGAGACUCCCAAGUGCUCUCUAUGCUCAGGAUGCUUUGCAGCUCUGGGAAGUCACUGCCAGGUACGUGGAAGGGAUGGUCCACCUCUUCUACCAGAGUGAUGACAUUGUAAGGGGAGACCCAGAGCUGCAGGCCUGGUGUCGGGAGAUCACUGAGGUGGGGCUGUGCCAUGCCCAGGACAGAGGUUUCCCUGUCUCCUUCCAGACCCGGGCUCAGCUGGGCCAUUUCCUUACCAUGUGUAUCUUCACAUGCACUUCCCAGCAUGCCGCCAUCAACCAGGGCCAGCUGGACUGGUUCGGUUGGGUACCUAAUGCUCCAUGCACAAUGAGGAUGCCCCCACCCACCAACAAGGAAGAUGUUACUAUGGAGACGGUGAUGGGCUCGCUACCUGACAUUCACAAGUCCUGUCUUCAAAUGACCAUCACAUGGCAUCUGGGUCGCCUCCAGCCAGACAUGGUACCCCUAGGACAACACAAAGAAAAAUAUUUCUCAGACCCCAGGACCAAAACUGUGCUCAGCCGAUUUCAAGCAGAUUUGGGGAAUUUGGAAAGAGAGAUUAUAGCCCGGAAUGAGCAACUUGACCUGCCCUAUGAAUACCUCAAGCCCAGCCGCAUAGAGAACAGUAUCACCAUCUGAGGCUGAGGUGGCGGCACCCAGAAGAAUCCCAUCAGCUCUAGGGCUGCUGCCGCUCUCUUGGUUCCGUGCCUUCUCACAUCUGCUGCUAAGACUCUAAUUCCUCUCCCGACUAAGCACACUCCACAGCAGGAGUCUACCACAGGGCACUAAAUGUUCUGCUGUAAAGAGGAACAGUCUUUGUAGGCCAUAUACUUUCUGCCACAAUUACUUAGCUCUCUCUGUACCAUUAAAGCAGCCACCAACAUUAUGAGUGUGACUAUCUUCCAAUAAAACUUUAUGUAUGGACACUGAGAUGUGAACUUCACAUGUCACCACACAGUAUUUUGGCUUUUUUUUUCCCCCAGCCAUUUAAAAACAAAAACAAAGCCAGGCAGUGGUGACACUCACCUUUAAUCCCAGCACUUGGGAGGCAGAGGCAGGCAGAAUUCUGAGUUCAAGGCCAGCCUGGUCUACAGAGUAAAUUCCAGGACAGACACAGAGAAAAACCCUGUCUCAAAACAAACAAACAAACAAACAAACAAACAACAAACAACAAGCAAACAAGCAAAAAUAAAAGUGCUUUGCUUGAGGGUCAUGCACAGUUUCAGAACAGAUUUGGUCUAACCUCAUACAAGCCUCAGGCCUAAAAUUCCAAUUUCUAGAAAAACAUCCAAGAGCCAGGGUUGUGGAGAGGACAUCGAUAUUUCUGAAUGAAAUCAACUAUUUCAGCUAAUUCCCCUUGCCAGGAACCAGACCUCAUGUUUGAUAGCCAACUUGUAAAUUCCUGACUCUCUUCCUUGACAAUUCCCCCUCUACCCCCACUUUUCCAAUUUGAACACAAACCCUGGAUAGCCCUAAUAAAGGUGUUGCUGGCCCCAAGUAGAAAACAUUUCCCAAAACAGCUUCCCUCCCCAACAGUCACAAACAAGAGAGGCAGAGAACCCUUGUUUCACGCCUGCUUACCACGCAGUAAUCACAGGUUCUCUUUCACAACCAUUUCGAGACCAAGAUCCACAAAAUAAACAAAAAAAAAAAAUGCCACAAGAUUCUAGUCGAUGACAGGGUUCCUCUGUUUGGUGCUGGGGUCUUGAAAUUAAAGUGUAUUCUCCCAACCGUUCUGUGGCUAUUGUCCUUACGAGCAUGGGUAUACCGAACUCAGUGCAAAAUUUUUCUUCAUCAGUGGCCCUGAGCUUGAACCCCAGCCCUGGAGAGGAGGGGGUGUUCUUUAAACAUAUCUAAUUAGUACAAAUAUAUUUCUCACUAGUGAAGUUACCAAAUUUGUUUUGGAGAGGAAGGCCUAUUCUUAUUUUUACAUCCUGUGGUGGUUUGAAUGAGAAUGGCCCCAUAGGAUCAUAUAUUUGAAUGUUUGGUUGAGAGUGGAACUGUUCGAAAGGACUACAAGGAUUAGGCGAGCUGAGGCCUUGUUAGAGGAAGUAUGUCACUGGGAGUGGGCUUUGGUUUCAAAAGCCCAUGCCAGGCGCAGUCAGUACGGCCCUCCGCGCCACUGAUCAGGAUGUAGUUCUGCUCCAGGUCACGCCAUGUCUGCCGCCACGCUCCCCACUAUGAUGAUAGCGGACUAAACCUCUGCAACUGUAAGGGAGCCCCAGUUAAAUGCUUUCUAAGAGUUGCCUUGGUUGUGGUGUCUCCUCACAGCACUGUGACCACGACACAUCUUAUGUUCUGGCUUAAAGUGCCUGGAGCUUUUUCAGUGGAGAGAGAAGCAACAGCCACAUUUUAGUGUAUUUCCUCCUUUCUCCCCCACACUUAGCAAGUCUGCUUGCCUUCAUAAUGUGUCCAAUGAGUCUGCUUUCCUAGCCCCAUAUUUUUCCCUGAACGUGGCAUUAGAACGAUACUGUAUUUCAAGUGAAGCAUUUCCAGGGUCAAGAAGACCUCAACUAUUUAAAAAGCGUCCUCCAAGCCAGAUGCUCAGCCUCGGGUAGGGGCUCUUCCUCUUUCCUCUGAAAGUGUCAAAGCAUCUUUCGAAAGGGGGACCUGGAUAGAGGCGAUAGACCUCCACGCCGAGUAAUCUCACCAUCUC